GCGCUCUCUCUGUGCUCUCACCUUGACUCUCCACGACUCGACGCGUCGCAAUGUCUGAGAGUCCACGAACGCCUCCCAGACGUCCCGCACCGGCCCUAGGCAGCUCCACUCGCAGUCCUGGAACGCCUUGGCGGCGCAAGACACCUCCGAAGAGGACUCAGGGCGUCAAGCCGAGGUCGUCAAAGUUUUCGGAGGGUAAAAUCAGUGACAACCUCAAGAGAUUGCUGCGGCUGGAGUUUGAGCCGGACCCAUGGCAAGCUCAAAUGAUUUCCAAGGUGCUACGCGGUUACGACAGCAUUUUUUGCGCGGGGACCGGCUACGGAAAGAGUCUGGUUUUCCAGGGCCUGGCGGUGCUAGGAGGGAAGAAGAAGGUUGUCAUUGUCAAGGAGGCCGAAUCGAAGGGUAUCAAGGCCGUCAUGAUCAACGAGGACAACUCUCGCACAGCGGCGCUCUGGACGACAGCACGCACGGAGGCUCAAAUGAUCUACAUCUCACCGGAGAUGGCACAAUCCGAGUCGUUCGCGAAGCUCUGGAAGGACCAUCGCUUCCGGGAUCGCCUACAAGCCGUGAUUAUCGACGAGGCGCAUUGUGUAGACGAGCGGGGCGCGGAGGACUUCAGGGGGCAUUAUCGCCGUUUAAGCACACUGCGUCACUAUACUGGUCACGAAAUCCCUUUCGUGGCUUGUACAGCGACGUGUUCCACUUCGACGUUCGAUGUCUUAUGGGACACGCUUUCGUUCGGCCUACGCCCUUUCUGGGGCAUCGAUGUUGGCGCGGACCGGCCCAACCUCUUGUUCGUCACGCGCGCGCUGCGCAAUCCGCAGAAUCCCCUGCCAGACUUCCUCAAUAUCCUCCCUACCAACAUCACCAAUGCCCCGCAGGCCGCCGAGAUCCCGAAAUCCAUCAUCUACAUCGACUCGGAGCCUGGAUGUCACGACAUGAAGGCUCAGAUCCGGAAGUGCCUCCCUGCGCACCUUCGAGACACGGUCUAUGCCUUCCCGUCAGGCGCGUCCGAGGCGGCCAAGAAGCUCGCAUGGGAGCGCUUCCGGAGUGGCCGCUACCGCAUUCUCUGUGCCACCGAUGCGGCGGGUGUGGGUUGCAAUGUACCCGACAUCCGCUACAUCGUCAUUUUGAAAUGCCCACGCUCCUUAUCGGUCGUCGCACAACGUUGGGGACGUGCAGGACGUCACCGAACGACGCAGGCUGUCUGUCUGCUUCUAGUCCCGCAAUGGGCGUUCCGUCCUCCACCCGUCGCAAGUCAGAUCGCCGUGCAGGCGGUACAACGCCUGCGCCAGUCGUCUACGAAGGUCAAGCCAGAGAGCAAGUGA